CCGACUGAGGUCCAUAGAAAUUUGACAGCUUCACAGGUGAGACAACCGUCCAGAGACUGCUUCACUUUACAUUUCAGUUUUUCCCCCGGAGCACUAUUCACUGUGAGCCUGGGGUUGCUACAGUCAAAAAACAACCAUUCGAAGUCAACCCAUUCCGGCAGCAUGAGUAAAAAGAAAAAGGACUGGAAGACUGAGAAAGAGAGACUUCUGCGUCUUGAUCGGGAGGAGAGACGCAAGGAGUAUCGCCGUCAAUAUUUUGUAUCUUUGGACAUGAUCUCAACCUGGGGAGAGGAAAAUAGACCCAAUGACAAAGAGGAAGGGGAUGAGCUGACAGGCGGAGGAGGGCUGAGUGAGAAAGUAUCUCUCUACAAAGGAGAUAUUACGCUCUUGGAGGUGGACGCCAUCGUGAAUGCCGCAAACUCCAGUCUUCUGGGAGGAGGGGGAGUGGAUGGCUGUAUCCACAAAGCAGCGGGGUCUUGUCUGUAUGAUGAGUGCCGCUCACUAAAUUGCUGUGAAACCGGCAAGGCCAAGAUCACCUGCGGCUAUGAUCUCCCUGCUAAAUAUGUGAUCCACACCGUGGGCCCGGUGGCCAAAGGUCAUGUGAGCCCGACCGAGACCAAUGACCUCACCUCCUGCUACCAGAACUCCCUCCGGCUGAUGAAGGAGCAUGAAUUGAGCACUGUGGCCUUCCCAUGUAUAUCCACAGGCAUCUAUGGCUUUCCAAAUGAGCCUGCAGCUGGCAUUGCUCUGAGCACAGUAAAGAGCUGGAUCGAAGAGAAUCCGGAUAAGAUCACUCGGGUCAUUUUCUGUGUCUUCCUCGAGACCGACUAUGCCAUCUACAAGAAGAAAAUGUCUGACAUUUUUCCAGACAAUGACAUGGAGCUUACAGAGGAGCAGCUGAAGGGAGAUGACACACCUCCAUCUACGAAAUCCACAACCGAGGAUGAAAGUGAAGACAGUGACAGACGUAAAGAGGAAAUAGGUGACGAAGAUAAGCGUGACGAUGCUGCUGCGGGAAAUGAAGACGUGGACAUGGCGAGUCAAAAUCCAGAUGUAAAUUCAGAAAACGAGGGGCCAAGUCAAGAAAAGGAUAAAGAUGAAAAUGAACACCAAGACAAAGAUGAAGAUAUAGGCAUUGACAACAAGGAAGAGAAAGAUGAAGACAAAGCAAAGGAAGAGCAGCCUGCCGCGAAGGCUGAAGAUGACGACACGGUAAAGUCCACCGUGGAGAUGGAAGAGGUCUCUGAGAUCAGCAACACUGGCACCAGCAAUGGAGAGGAGAUGAAAGAUCCUGUCGAGAUCUCAGGGGAACCUGAUUCUAUUCUAACAGACAGCAUUCAGUCCAAAGAAGCCGGUUGCAUCGAGCAGGAGAAAAGCUUCAGCUCCCAGUUGCUAAAUGCUGCGUGAUGGCAAAGUAAAACACUGUUGAGAAGAAAGAAUGACCAGCUGAGGGAAGGACAAUCAACUUCAUCUCACAGCCAGCAAAACUGUGCGAAUGCCAACCCACUGGUGUCAGUCUGGCCCGUGUCAUCCGGCUCUGACCUGGCCCAGGACAACCAGCUACUCACACGAUGCUCCCAUCCCCACCUUGAUUUAGCCUAUUCCCUCUUUGUUAAGAAACGACUCAUCCCUGAAGUAUGUACUAUAUGUUCAUGUAUGUGCAGAACGUUGCUAUAUGACAUAUCAACCACAAUGAGAGGAGCCAUACCUCGCUGUGUUACAGAUAUAUAUUUUGCCAGCAGUGUGCGAUGAGAUAAACCAGGUUCAAGUCUCUUAACUAAUCUGAUGUAUGCCCACUGUGAGAGCGCGGUAAUGCUGUCAGUCAAUCAACCAUCGUUCUGUUCUGACAAAGCCACAGUCAUGAUGACAUUCAAUAGUGGAAUUACCCGACAACAGCCUGCCACCUGCCACGUCUCCUCACACACUGCUGCAGCUCCGUUGUUUAGUCGAUGUACCGUUGACUCAGACCACGCUCUGUAAGGCGGUGUGUCCCUCCCCGGCCUUUCGCCUUUGAACAUCACAUCGUCUGACCUCUGUCCCUGCAGCUUUACUCAUUUUAACCAAGAAACUGUUCAUCAAGGCACACGUACACUAAAGAGGAUAUGAGUGUCUUUUAACAAAUCAAUUUGUUCUCGUCCCCUUUUUUCUUUGUUGUUUUAAAAUGCAUGCCAGAUAAUUGCUUAGAACUUCAUCAACAUGAACAGGAAUUACAGUCCUCUUCGCUUUCGCUUGUCUCCUUACCAGAUUGUCUAUAAUUAUAUUGACGGAAUCUGCCUAAUUUCAUAUCAAACUACAAAAUCACAAUCACAAGGAGGUGGUCCAUGUAUGAAUUCUUGAUUUUGAUUGCUUGCAAAUGAUUUUUUUAAAUUUGAGUACAACAUGUAAUGGUUGUUGCCUCAUGCCUGUUAACAAUGGUUUCAUUUGAUUUUAAAACAUGGUUUGGGUUUCUAUUAAAUGAUGUGAUUUAUGAUUUAUUUUUCAUCAGUGCCAUACUUAAGAUCAGAUUAAUUACAGUUCUUUGAAAGGAUGCCUUCAUACUUUGAUGUUUGCUUUGCUAAACUAUAACAACUAAUAAAAUGUAAAGGUGAAA